AAGGUGCCCCCAAAGCUAAGACAAAAAGGUCCAUAACAUGUUAUUGAUCACCUCUAUUAAAUUCGUUACGUAUACAGGUUGAAAUGUGAAAUUAAAACUGUUACGUAGCUGUUAAUACGCACACCCUAUUAUUCUAUGAUUGUUAUUAAUUGGUGAAUUUAAGUUUUCACUAACGGAAUAUGUAUUGCCGGCAUGUAAAAAUAUGGCUCUCUUUGGUGUUUGGACGAAAAUGGCGACUAAGAAACGAGAGAACCAACGUAAACGAAAGUUUCGGGAAAAUGGAAGUGAUUCAGAUGGAGAUACUGAAAAAAGUAUUAAAUUCAUGAAAGGAAAUUCGGAAGCACCACGAUUGUGUCCUUAUCUAGACACGAUAAAUCGCCAAUUUUUAGAUUUCGAUUUUGAAAAGUUAUGUUCUGUAUCAUUAUCCAGGAUUAAUGUAUACGCUUGUUUAGUUUGUGGAAAGUAUUUUCAAGGUAGAGGUACUAAUACUCAUGCAUAUACACAUAGUGUGGCAGAAAGUCAUCACGUAUUUCUUAAUCUGCAUACUUUAAAAUUUUAUUGUUUACCUGACAAUUAUGAAAUAAUUGAUUCAUCAUUAGAUGACAUAAAAUAUGUUUUAAAUCCAACAUUUGAUAAAGCGCAGAUUGCUCAGUUGGAUAAAAGUGAUAAAUUAUCGAGAGCUAUAGAUGGGUCCUUAUAUUCCCCAGGUAUUGUGGGGAUGAAUAAUAUAAAAGCAAAUGAUUACUGCAAUGUUAUUCUACAAGCACUUUCUCACGUCACACCUCUAAGGGAUUUCUUUUUAAGAGAAUCUAACUAUUCUCAUGUAAAAAGACCACCAGGUGAUUCUUCCUACCUUUUAGUUCAACGAUUUGGAGAACUAAUGAGAAAACUAUGGAAUCCGCGUAAUUUUAAAGCACACGUCAGUCCACAUGAAAUGUUACAAGCUGUUGUUUUGUGGAGUAAAAAAAGAUUUCAGUUUACAGAACAGGGUGAUCCUAUUGAUUUUCUAUCAUGGUUUCUAAAUGCUUUGCACUUAGCAUUGAAUGGCACAAAGAAACGUGAUUCUAGUAUAGUAUACAAAACAUUUUUGGGACAUAUGCGUAUAUAUACUCGAAAAAUCCCACCGCUUGAAUUAGAUGAGAAUCAAAGGAGCGAAUUACUUCAUACCGUAGAAUAUGGUGAAACUGUAACAGAGAGUCCGUUUUUAUAUUUAACGUGUGAUUUACCUCCCCCUCCGCUUUUUAAAGACCAAUUUACUGAAAAUAUAAUACCCCAGGUAAAUUUGUAUACACUACUGAAUAAGUUUAAUGCAGUAACUGAAAAAGAGUACAAGACUUAUAAGGAGAAUUUUAUGAAAAGAUUUGAAAUUACGGAACUUCCUCCUUAUUUAAUACUUUAUAUAAAAAGAUUUACAAAAAAUACGUUUUUCGUAGAAAAGAAUCCUACUAUAGUAAAUUUCCCAGUUAAGAAUGUAGAUUUUGGAGAUAUUUUAACACCUGAAGUAAAACAGAGACAUCCUUGUACAACAUAUGACCUAGUCGCAAAUAUAGUUCAUGACGGUGAGCCUGGUCAAGGAACAUACAGAGUUCACAUUUUACACAGAGCAACUGGUCAAUGGUAUGAAUUACAAGACCUACAUGUAACUCAAAUUCUGCCACAAAUGAUUACAUUGACUGAGGCUUAUAUCCAGAUAUACGAAUUGAAGAAAGACGUAAACAUCGAAAAUGGUGAAAUUAAAAGUAAGAAAUCUAUAUGAUAGAUACAAUUUUUUAAAUAAAUUGUUUCAAUUUUUCA